UGUUGAGCCACCAAGGUGGCAACCUCGCAACCACAAAUGUUGUUUUGUUUUGUUUAGCGCGUAUUUAUUCCUGUAUUUUUGCCGCCAUGAAAAUCCUCUGCGAGGUACAGGUGGUAAAUCGGACUACACAGGCCAACAGAACACCGCGGCCCGUGAAAUCCACACUGGCCAUCGGCUACAAGCAGAGCGCCCGGGAUGACAACGGCAACACCAAGAAGGAACUGGAAAUGGUGCUCUUUAGUGGGCAAAGCAAGACGGGCAGCCGCUAUAAGGUGCGGGACAACAUCCACGCCGUGCACACCAAGUUCGUGCUGGACGGCAAGGCCACAAUUGGGUUCAAGCAGCCGGCGGAGAACCUGCUGAUCAAGUGCGAUCCCAUCCAGCUGAAGGGAUUCCUGCAGACCCUCAAGCUGGGCAUGGAGGGCAAGGACGCUAUUAACCUGAGACUGAACAUCGCUGCCGCCACGGCCAUACCACAGAAGGCGCAACCCCAAGUAAAAAUGGUAAUCAGCAAGCGGAGCGAGUACCCCAUCAAGGGAUUCCCGCGCACCCUCAAGUCGCUGACCAUCAAUAACAGCCAGCUGGUGAAGCUCAGCUUCGAGAUCUGCUCGCUGCGCAACCUGACCAAGCUGGACGUCAGUGGCAACAAGCUGACCAAGAUUCCCUCGGAGCUGGGCCGCCUGGCGCUGAGCUCGCUGCAUCUGGGCAGCAACUGCCUGGGCGAACUGAACGACUGGUGCUGGCUGCGCGGCACUAAGCUGAGCCAGUCCCUCGGUGAGCUGGACCUAUCGAGCAAUGGACUGACCCACUUUCCACCCCCGCUGGUCAAAUGCGAGCGCUUGGUCUCGCUUAAUCUAAACGACAAUCAACUGAUACGACUGCCGUUCUCCAUACGCCGACUGCAGGCACUGCGAAAGCUUCACGUGUGCAGCAACAAGCUGGAGUCGCUGCCCUCGGCCAUCGAGGACCUGCACAUCGAUCUGCUGGACGUGUGGGGCAAUUGCUUCAAAGCCUUCAAUAGCGAGGAGGCCCAGCAGUUGGCUAAGCGAACGUCGGGUGCCAGCUCGCCGCAACCCCUGUGGCUGCAGGCGGCCCGGGCUGUGGCCAACUAUAAGUUGCCUCUGCCGGCGGGCUCCUUGCCCGCUGUGCUCAUUGAACUCAUCUGUGAGGCGCCCAAGUGCCUGUGCGGUCAGCUCUGUUACGCGCUAAGCAAAGAGGAUCUCCUCCAGCGCGUCGUUCAACCGAAGUUUACAAACAUUAAGAACCUCACGUAUAGUCGCGAGCAUCAGAUCUAUGCGGAUGUGGUCAUCUGUGGCCCCACUUGCAGUGCCUCGCAGCAGCUGAAGGGUCUGUUUAGUCUAGUGUUUCCCUGAAGCAAGUAAUGUUUUUACCCUAAGUUAGAUUAAGUCAAAAUUUAUUUUUUUUAGGUUAUCAAAAUUUUCAUUUCAUUUUUGUUUUCAUAUAGGCAUGUUUUUAUAUUUAAGCUGCCAAUAAAAGCGAUUUUAGUAAGAGUA